ACCGUUAAUUUGUCAGUUCUCGCAAUUUGUGUAGUUCAAAUGUUAUCUUUUAAGCAUGCAUAUAUUUAAUGUUUAGCAAUUAUACUGCCCUAUGCCAAAGAUGCCAAACGAAGUUCGAACGAAAUCGCCUUUCCACCACUAGGCGAAGCAAGCCCGGAACCCCGGAACUUGGAGGCUUCUCCGAGAGCCAUGGAGGAUAUUUUCCAUUGGUGUCGAGACGGGAACGCGUUCCAGGUGCGCGUUUGGCUUGACGAUACAGAACAUGACAUGAAUCAAGGAGACGAUCAUGGAUUCAGCCCGCUACAUUGGGCUGCAAAGGAGGGUCGCACAAACGUUGUGGACAUGCUGAUUGCUCGUGGAUCACGCGUUAACGCUACCAACAUGGGAGAUGACACGGCCCUCCACUUGGCUGCAGCGCACGGCCACAGGGAUAUUGUCCUUAUGCUCCUCAAGUGCAAGUGUGACAUCAAUGUCAUCAACGAACAUGGAAACACGCCUUUACAUUAUGCUUGCUUCUGGGGAUACCAGGCAAUUGCAGAGGAUCUCAUCAAUGCUGGUGCCCUGGUAUCAAUAGCAAAUAAAUUUAACGACACUCCACUUGAAAAGUGCAAGGGACAGAUGGGAUUGCGACUGAGAGAACUGGCUGAGCAGCUGGGACAGGACAUGAGGAAAAUAUCCUACAAGGAUCAAAGUUGGAUGGGUACAAAGACAAGAACACGAGACGCCACAUUGUCGCGCCAUUCUGGCAUUAACAUGGAUGAGCUCAAGUUUUUCUCCAAGAUAGCUUCAACCCAUUCUGGAGAAACAUGGAAGGGAUCAUGGCAGGGAAAUGACAUCAUCUCGAAAAUCCUUAAAAUAGGGGAAGUGACACCACGAAUCUCACGUGACUUCAAGAACGAGUACCCAAAACUUCGCAUCUUCUCACACCCAAACGUGCUUCCUGUCAUCGGAUGCGUGAAUCAGCCGCCGUACCUUGUUGUUGUGCAACAGUACUUGCCUCACGGAUCUCUCUUCAACAUUUUACACGGAAACACUGGGCUUGUUGUGGACUCCGCCCAGGCGUUGAAGUUUGCUAUCGACAUUGCCCGUGGGAUGGCGUUUCUGCACACACUCGAUCCCAUGGUUCCCAACAUGCAUUUGAGCAGCAAACACAUCAUGGUGGAUGAAGAGCUUACAGCAUACGUGAACAUGGCCGACGCCAAGUUUACUUUCCAGGAGAGGGGGAAAUUGUACAAUCCUGCCUGGUUUGCUCCUGAAGCUUUGCAGAAGAAGCAGUCUGACAUCAACUGGAAAGCAGCAGACAUGUGGAGCUUUGCCGUGCUGCUGUGGGAGCUGGCCACACGGGAAGUUCCUUUUGCAGACCUUUCAGCCAUGGAGAUGGGCAUGAAGAUUGCCCUCGAAGAGCUGCGUGUGACGAUUCCACCUGGAAUUUCUCCACACUUGUCGCGGCUGAUUCGCAUCUGCAUGAAUGAGGAUCCAGGAAAACGUCCUACAUUUGAAAUGGUACUCCCUAUCCUCGAGAAAAUGAAGCACUAACUUUUGUAUUAGCUUUCGUUAUUUUUUAUCUCGUUACAAAAUCAAAACACCAAGGCACCCACAACCCAAUGUGACAUGGGAGUCAGCUGACUAUCUUCCGCGUCACGUUGUUGGCUCGAACAACUUUUGUGUGCUGAUCACUCUGACAUAAUCACUGAUCGCUGAAAGUGGAGAUUAUCGAGGAUAUGGAUCUCAAGGUUGCCAUUUCUUUGAGCUUGAGAGCAGAAGAGCAUAGUGACAACUUCACUGCGCACAAAACAACACCACAAGGCUGUUACUUUUUACCCUUGUCCCCUCGAGUCGUUGCCUCAGCAAGCUCCUAUUCCCAAGCCCAAGAGAAUGACAGCUUUGUGUGUAUACCAGCUUGCCUUCUAGUACAUUGGUGCCCGUCAACGUAUUUUGCGGUAACAUUCCGCAAAAUGAAGUUGUUGAAAGGUGCCAAAUUUACCUCGGCAUUGAUAAAAUGUGGUGGUUUGUGCCCUGCCACGGUUAAUGCAUUUUAUUGUAGAGUUUUAUAGCAAUUGCGCACUGAUGCCAUUAUUGCCUUAUAGUCUACCAAUCUUAACUCAGAUAUAGCAUUGUUGUUAUGUUGUAGAUAGAUGCAUCAUAAUGAGCUUUUUUUAAUGCACCACAGAAAGUGCAUAAUGUCCAUAAAGCAUGCUACCUCCACAUGAAAAUGUCAGAAGUGCAAUAGUACUGAAUUUUGCGUAUUUCAUAUAAUAUUUUGUGCAAAUAGACUGCAUAUCUUAUAAGUGCCUUUAGCAUUGUCUGGUGACAUCUUGCACAGAUAUUUCUUUUUACUCAUGCCGUAAUGUACGUCAAUUCACUGCCAUGAAUUCCAUAUAUUUAUAAAUUAAUGUGUUGCAGUGCUGUGUAGCUCUGUAGUGAUUAUGCUUACUCAAGUGUGCUGGAGAUUUUUAUUUGUAGAUUUUACCACAACUUUACUACUUUACUUUGCUCUAUAAUAUGAAGCUACAUUUUAAAUUUUGUGCUUACACUGCAUAGGAAUGUGAUAGGGCAUGUCUCUGCAUCUACAGAAAUCCGGAAGUUACAGCAAAUAGUUGAGGCUCUUUUAUGUACGUUGAUGCUGUUGAAGGUAUGAAAGACACUGAUAUUUGAUGUUGCGUUUAAUAAAACCAUGAACUGAC